AUGGAUGUAAAAACUGCCUUCCUCUAUGGUUUGCUCGAUGAAGUAGUCUACAUGGAACAGCCGGAAGGGUUCGCUCAAGAUGAAAAUAUGGUCUGGAAACUAGACAAAUCCGUCUAUGGACUCAAGCAGGCACCUCGAGCUUGGUACCGCGAACACGACUCAACACUUUGCUCACUUGGGUUCAUUAUGUCACGAACUAUGUCGUGA